GCAUCACUUGAUGCGGUGUGUAACCUAACAUUUCACAUUCUAAAAACUGACCUUCAAAAGUCCUUGGGUUGGGGUUAGUUAUCUUUUUUUAGUAUUUUUAUAUAAGAUUCUUUGCUCAUACAAUACCUGCUUUCUAUCUUCUUGAGGUUCUUCAACUUAUUGUGCUGGGAAAUCUUUGGCUGCUCAAAAACUCAAACUAGGCGGAGGAGCAAUGGAGCGAACAUUUAUUGUGGGGGGCAACUGGAAAAUGAAUGGAGAUCGGAAGGGUAUCGAUGAAAUCAUAAAAUUUUUAAGAGCUGGUAGCAUUCCAGCAAAUAAUGAAGUUUAUAUUGGAGUCCCAUCGAUUUAUCUAGACUACGUUCAACAAAGGAAACCAAAAAAUAUUGAGGUUGCUGCUCAAAACUGUUACAAGGUAGAAAAGGGUGCCUUCACAGGUGAAAUAUCUCCCGAUAUGUUGAAAGAUCUUGGAGUUAAAUGGGUUAUAUUGGGCCAUUCCGAACGUAGAGCAAUUUUUGGAGAGAGUGAUGAACUUAUAGCUGAAAAAACUGCCCACGCUUUAGAGAAAGGUUUGAAAGUUAUUCUCUGUGUUGGUGAAACUUUGAAUGAGAGGGAGUCUGGUAAAACCAAUGAAGUUGUUUUCAGACAAACAAAAGCUGUUGCAGAUAAAAUAAAGGACUGGAAAAAUGUUGUUAUCGCUUAUGAACCUGUUUGGGCUAUUGGAACUGGCAAAACAGCCACUCCUGAGCAAGCACAAGAAGUUCACGACUCUUUGAGGAAAUGGAUUGCCGAUAAUAUAAGUAAGGAAGUAGCUGAAUCUAUAAGGAUUCAAUAUGGUGGUUCUGUCACUGCUGCAAAUGCCAAAGAAUUGGCAAAGCAAAAAGAUAUUGAUGGAUUUUUGGUGGGUGGUGCAAGCUUGAAACCAGAAUUUGUAGAUAUCAUCAAUGCAAAUGCUAAGAAGCCUGAAGAAAGUAAAGAAAGUAAAAAAUGAUGGAAAUAAUUAUCAGAAUAUACACCAUAUCCAAGCAAUACCGAUAAUAAUUAUGCAAAAUUUUAUUUCAGAUUUAUUAUAAUUUUUUUUAUCAUAAUUGGUUAAUUAUAUAUAUUUUCUUCAGUUAA